AUGCGUUACGCAACCAAUCUUUCCAAAGAUACUGCUGCUAGCAACACCAUCAAACAAACUAACCCAUGCUCCAUAGAUUCAAAAGGCCAACUGAGUUUAUUUGAAGACCUGCCUGCCUCUUUCGACCCCUCGACAGAGUGGUUAGACGGUCACUAUCCCGAACAUCCUCACUUUGACAAUGCCGAGAAGAUCCAGUUCUGGGCCAGGGCGUUCAAGAACCACUUGCUCCGAUAUGUUCUGGAAGGGUGUCAAUUACUGUACGAGCGCACGGGAUCUCAGGCACUCCUUCCAUCUCUGGCCAAACACCAGACUCUUUGGAGGGCUGGUGUAUCCAUACACAAGUACGGCGUCGUUUACCUUGCUAGUCGCUGCGAAUGCCGAGAUGAGUUCCUGCCUGGAAUAGAAAACAAGGGGGAUGACUUUAAUGCCAUCGCUACGUUUCUCUCGUCGAAUUCAAACGUCAUCCGUGCCGUCAACUAUGGUGUCCACCGUUUUAUCAACAGUCUCAGUAUCACCGUCGAACAACACGGCAGACUCAUUCCUCCAAAAGCUAUAUCAGCCCUCGGUCCCUAUCAUGUUGCUGUUCGUCCGCAAGAUUUUGCCGCUGAUAGCAAAAGUUUGUUGGAUGCUGUGUCUCUGUUGUGGGACCUGCAUGAUUUCGCUCACCUUACCGCUGCGUCUCUGGCACCAGAGCUAUACGGCAACAAGUACUUCUCGCAUCUGGUCCAUCUACCACCCCAGCUCACAGCACUUAUCCGUAGCCCGAGAAUGAGACCGGCCGAGCCUGAGCUGCGGUGCUCAGAUGGAGUGGUCUUCAGCGAGUUUAUGACCAUUCUAUACACAGAAGAAGUGGAUGCCGUGCAACGUGGCGACAAGACACAUACAUAUGCAUCCAUAACCGAUACGAUGGCGGAGUCAGUUGCAAGAUACCUGCGAGGAGAAAUAGAACUGCGACAUGAAACGACCGGUCAGAUGAUUGCCAUGAAGGAGCCCAUUACGGACAUGCAGUUGGCGGUCCUCGUGCAAAAUAAAGCAUACGAGUUGACAACGAGCGAGAUCGAACAACGAGUAAUGACAAGAGGAGGCCUUGCAGGGGAUCUUCGGGACGAGAUAGAUUGUUUACCUCUAGGUGAGAGGAUAAGAUUCCUGGCCCAGUGUCGGAAGUGGCUGUAUUUUGAAGUGAGAAACACUAUUAAGCAUCGUGCCCAGAAGAUGGCCUACAGAAAGGUGGCCGAGGAUAUGCUCGCAGAGAGUGUAAGGGACCCCGCUGCUAGAUAUAAUACCAGAUUACUUAGAGAGGUCCUAGAUAGUCUUAACUAUAAAGGCUGGAAAACGAAUGAGACGUGCAACCUGUGGCAGGCGGUUGUCAACCACUAA